AUGCAGACCUACUUCGCUUUCGUCGCGAGCCUUCUCGCUGCUACUCCCGUUCUGGCCAAAAUUAUUCCCGUUACGAUCUAUGAUGAAGUUUCUGGGCAAGGAGCUUCCGAGACGUUACAACUCACCUCUGGCACUUGUAGGGAUCUUGAAACUGCAUGGGGGAACAGGAUGGCGUCUUUCUUGAAGCCACAGGAUGCGAAGUGCUGGAUUUAUAAGGGAAAUAGCUGCGUGGGCGGACCUAACAAUGUUGUCAGCUAUGUGGACGACCAGGCCUUUAUUUGUUUUCUCAACGAUCAAUUUGAGGACCAGGUCAACAGCAUUAAGUGUUGGUAA